AUGGUUGGGCAGCGCUUAACGAAUUAUUUGCAGUCAUGCGGCCUGGAGGCUGAGGAUGUUCCGAAAGUGGCCGCGAUUUUCCUUGGAGCGAAGUACUGUGCAUGGGCGGCUUCUGUGGCGGUAGCUGUUCGUUAUCAACCUUUACGAAGGGUCUUUCUUUCAAGACGAGAGGCUCUCUUCGGAAGUGGAGUGGCGGCCCGAACGUUUUCAGAGAGGAAACGGCUAUGGCUCGUGGAGGCUCUUGACAUGGCCAGACGACGCCAGGGCCAGGGCCAGAGCGAGCCGCUCCGGCGCACAGUGGGUCUCGGCGGUCCAGGAGCCUCAGCCUCUCUGACCCGUGCCAAAGGGACAGCCACGGCGAUACUGAAAAGGCUCCGCAGCAAGGCAAAGACUUCCAGGAGCUCGCUCGCAAAUGGUCUGGCAAGUGGCUGGGCGACAGCCAGAGAUCGCUACCAUGCGGCCAACUACAGUUGGAAACUGGCGGGCUGGCAGUUGCUUCGUACACAAGAGCGACAGAAGCUUGGCAUGGUUCCUGCUCGACAUCGAGAACCCAUCAGCUGGUACCCCUGGACCUCUGCUAAGUACUGGCAGCUGUCGGACAAACUGGAAGCGUCUGCUGGCUCCAAUCGAGCUUGGAGCAUGCUUACGAAGUGGUUGAACUUGAACUCUAAAGGCCUUGCACUAGGAUUGGCCGAGGGGACAAUCUUGUUCAAGUUCACGGUGCCAGUGCACAUGCCACUGAUGCUCUUCACGAUCGUGAGCUUCUUUCGCCAUCGGCGAUGGGUGGCUGCCGAGACAACAGCUGCCUUGGAGGAAGACGAUGUGAAGGCGCAAGGGGGCCAGGUGACAGAGUCCUUCGAGGAACCCAGUCGAAUGCUGGGUUCCACGAGGAACGCGGCCAGAGACAUCAGCUACUUGGGCCGGUGGGGACUGGCCUUCUGGCAAGAAGUGGAAUAG